AUGUCAUCCCCCGCAGCCGCCCCCGACAAGGAGACUUUGAAGCUUCUCCUCCCACUCCGAUACGAUGGUAAAACAGUCAUCGAAUGCAACCGGUUCCUGUCGCAGCUGCGCAUCUACUGGCUGGUCAACACGUCGUUGACCACCAUCGAGCUUAAGGUUCAGGUUGCACUAAGCCUGCUCGAUGGAGACGCCCGUGCCUGGGCCACUCCCUACUUUGCCCAGCUCCUCGUAUCAGUGCAGAUAGGGGUGCAAGGGGCCACGACCCCGUUCGCAAACGAAGCGGCCUUUGCCGCCGCCUUCAAGGCCCGCUUCGGAAAUCUUGACGACGAAGCGGCAGCACAAGUAGAGCUGGCGAAGCUCUGCGCGGACAAGUCAGUCCGUGAAAAACGCACCGCUGCGGAAUUCUCCGCGCUGUUCAAGGGUCCGGCGGACCGCUCUGGGUAUGGGGACCUGGAGCUACGCGACAAGUACCUGAGCGGCAUCCCCUCCCGCGUAUACCGAAAGAUCGAGCUCGAGACUUUCACCACGUGGCAAGACGCUGACAAGCGCGCCACUGAGGUCGAGCAGAUCCUCGACAUUAGCCGGGCUCGUCGGCCCGAGCUAAAUAACUUCUUCUCGGCCCGAGGU